AGACAAAAGUGCAAAAUGGUUGUUGUGUACGGCCGCGCGUGAGACGUUUGAGGUGCUUGCAAAGAUAUCUUUGCCAAUGGUAAAGGUGCAAGUUGUUGACUUUAUUCUAAAAAGUGUGUGGCGUAGUGUCUUCGAAAUUUGUAAUCUGGUGAACCCUGGCCGAAUUACAGUUGAUUUUGAAAGUGGAAGUUUUCUUUUGACAACUAUUGACUACGCGAGUAGUCAACUAGUGAGUUCCUACUGUGCCUAAGAAAUAGUGAUUAUGGCGUCCCAAAUGCAAGAAACGCCGCGAAAUCUCCAAGAGGGAGUUUAUUUUUGCAAUGAUCCGGAAUUUGUAGUUAACAGUGUUGAAAAUGACUUACCGGGGUCCAGCGGAAAUAAUGACACCCGUCACUUUCGACAUUUUGAUGAAAGUAAGAAGUGUGAAAUUGGGAUUAUGCCUGGAGGAGACGGGCUUAUUAGGUGCAAGUCACCCAAGAAUCUCAGUUUACAAUGUCCUAAUCCAGAUAUACUUCAGAAGCAAUCUACUGACCGAAACGUUUCGCCCAUUCGCGAGAUACUUUACCCAGAAAAAACUUCCAGUAAGGACACUUCCCGAAAACAUCAAAAGAAAGGAGAUCACCGCGACAAGGAACAUACGAAGAAGAAAAAACACAAAGAUCGCGAGAGAUCAUAUGAGCGCGAUCGAAAUCGAAGUUGUAACAGAGAGAAAGAUCGCUAUAGAAAAUCGAAGGAAAAACUGAGUGAUAAUGAUCGCUAUAAGUGUGGAGCAGGCCGCCGUCAUAGUUCAGAGAGCAUUAAAAGCUACACUUCAAAAACUAGCAUUGAAUCGCAUGGGGGCUUCUUUGAGGAAAAAGUAAACAUGAAUGCAUUAGGAUUGGAUUCAAAUAUUACCCAGAUAACACGGUUUACGCGAGAAAGUGCCUCGGAACAUGAAACGAAUAGAAUUCAAGUCAAUACAUCCAAAGUUGAGAGUUCUCUUCUAGACAAGUCGAUUCUUGGACUCCCUCCUGCUUAUUCAUCACCACAUACCUUCAACAACAACAAUUCAAUUCAACAAUCAGGUCUAUGGAUGGUAGAAAAAAGGAUGAUGACCCAGCUGAUAAAACAAAAGCAGUUGUAAAUGAAAUUGAAUCAGAAAAACGAACGAUUGAAAAUACAUCAAUAUGCAAAUUGGUGCCUUCAAUAUCGUUUGAUCACAAUUAUGAGGUUACUUUCCCAAAUUUAUUGAAGGUCGAUAAAUCACGGGAAGAAAUUUCGCGAGUUUUAGAUUUCGGUAAUGAUAAUUUCGAAAAAGAGCUUGUGCCUAAAUUUGAUCUCACUAAAAACGCAGAAAAGUGGAACAAUAAGGAUGAGAAUAAAAGGGUAACCGAAAACAAAGAAAAUAGCGAAUCUAGUAGUGGAACCACCCUUAAUAACAAUGCAGUUCCAUCUGUGACUGAAGCUGAUCAGAAAUCGCGAAUGGGGAACAACAUUGCUAUAACUAGAAAUCUCAAAACUUCACUGGCUGCAUCAAGUACAUCUGCUACAAAUCACCCGACUAACAAUACUGCUAGCCGUAGUAAUAACAGUCAUCACCAAAAGUCCUCAUCGUCACGGCGGUCGAGUCGAAGUAGUGAUUGCUCGAAAUGUUAUCGAAGGUCGAAAAUUCGAAAAGCCAAUGUCGCAUGUCAAACUGUUAAGCCUGAGCUGCAAGUUGAGCCUCUAAAGCUUGCCAUCCCUAAUCGUGACUUAAAUUGCAAUAGAAAUGGCCUGGAACAUUUGAAGUAUGGUCAAUUUUUUCGAAUAGAAGUUCACGCAAAUGGCGGCGCAACUAUUAUUCAUAUGUACCAGGACGAAAUUGAUAAAUUAACUCCAGAUGAAAUGGAAGAAUUAGUUGAAGAAUUCUUUCAAAUUGCGUUUGCAGAAGAUGAGAAUGGGCAUGCACAUCAUGUAAUGGCUAUCGUUCAUGAUGCCGCAGCAUAUUUGCCAGAUUUACUUGAGCAUAUGGCAGAAAACUACCCAACGCUGACUGUAAAAGCUGGCGUCCUAGGUCGUAAUUCAGACAUCGAAACCUGCACAAUGAGCCAGUAUAAUGAACAGGUUGUAAAAAAUUAUUCACAUGGCACUUUCCGCUAUGGACCCCUGCAUCAAAUAAGCUUAGUCGGAAAAGUGCACGAGGAAGUUGGAGGGUAUUUUCCUGACCUUCUGGGCCGUAUAGAAAAAAAUCCAUUUUUGAAGAAGACCAUGCCUUGGGGCGCUAAGUCAAUUCUACAAACUGAUCCUCGAAUGUCAAAUGAUGGGCCUAUUCUCUGGAUUCGCGCUGGGGAGCAACUAGUUCCUACUGCAGAACUAAGCAAAACUCCCAUGAAAAGACAAAGGACUAGGAUUAAUGAAUUAAAAAAUUUGCAAUAUCUUCCGAGACUAUCAGAAGCUAGAGAAACGAUGAUUGAAGAUAGGACUAAGGCGCACGCUGAUCAUGUUGGACAUGGUUACGACAGAAUGACCACUGCAGCAGUCGGUGUACUCAAAGCAGUUCACUGUGGAAACAAAUAUACGCAAAAUCGAGUGACAAAGGAUGUUGUAGCAUUUUCUGCACAGGAUUUCGCUUAUCUUGUGGAAAUAUUACAGUUAGACCUUCAUGAGCCACCCAUUUCCCAGUGCGUUCAAUGGAUUGAAGAUGCGAAAUUGAAUCAAUUACGUCGUGAAGGUAUACGUUACGCAAGAAUACAGCUUUACGACAACGAUAUUUAUUUUCUCCCUAGAAACAUUAUUCAUCAGUUUCGUACAGUAACUGCUGUCACAAGCAUAGCAUGGCAUCUUCGAUUGCGAGAAUAUUAUCCAGGGCAAGAAGUAAUCAACGAAAAAAACAACCCUGUAUUAGCAGAACCACCACAUUAUAAAGAAAAACAAACUAUUUUACCUCAUCCCAUCAUUUUAGAAGAUAAAAAAUCUAAUACACCCCAUAAACGGUCACAUGACGGCAAGCUAAGAAAAGAUAAGAAAGAACUCGAGAAACGGCGAUCUAGCGAAAGUGGAGCUGAAGAUAUGCCUAAACAAACAGAAACAAAAACUAAUCGGAAAACAGGUGAAUUUGUAAAAGAAACAAACAAAGCGUCAGACAAUAUAAAGAACAGUAAGAAAGCGGCCAUUGACUGUGGAAAAAGUAGACAAAAGUCGACCGCACAUGAGCUACAAAAGAAAAAAAUGGUCGAUGAGGCGAUUAUUGAUAUGAGAAAAUUGGUUCCCGAGCACAAAAUUCACAAAAGUAGUAGAAGUCACAGUUCUUCCCACGGUGAGAGAAGAACAUCGUCAGGUCAUCAUAGCCAUAUUGAUAAACAAAAAAUAAGAAUCAGUGAUCAUCGUAGUAAGUCUCAGUCGAAACACCGCAAAUCCACCUCGUCUGUACUUGAACAUACUGCUCCUGGUUGUAGUAAAGCUGUGUCGCAGUCUCCAGGAAAAUUGAAGGCUGAAUAUUCCAAAGAAAGAAUUAAGUUCAAUGAACAAAUUUCCUACAGAUUGCCUGAACCAUUACCACGAAUGCCUACAAAUCUAUUAACUGAAUCAAAUUCAUCAAGCAAUUUAAUCCCUAUACUGGAAAAUAAAGUGUAUAGACAAGAGUCAUCUCUGAAUAUAACAACACCACUACAAACCUCGCUUCCACUUUGUGGGAUUUUAACAUUGGAUGUAGAAAAUACAUUAUCAUCACCACUUUCGACAACACCACCACAUUUUCCGCUACCUCCUCCUGCGAUAAAUGACCCAAUGAGCUCUUCGAAUCAAAUAACCCAAUCAAUGGAAGUAUAUUCUCGAUUUGAAAACAAUCACCGUCAAUCAUUGGAUUCCAACGCCGAUUCUUUAGCAAUAAGCACCACGAGUCAAGAACAAUCCUCGUUGGUGCAUAUAGGAUCAUAUCAGCGGAACGCAAGCAAAGAUAGUCGAUUACUGCCUGGCCCAAAUACAAAUUGCAAUACGUCAGAUCCACCUUCACCUGAUUUGUUAACGUCAAUUAUGGCGAGCAUGGAUAGUACAACAACGGCAAAUCGAAAUAUUUCGGCAACUUAUUAAGUUAUUGAGUUAAAUAUGAAUUAGUAAUAUAAUUUACUUACAGCACAAGCUUGAGAUAUACACUUUAAUUAUAUUAUGACACAGAACGCAGAUUGUGUGCGUGUGUUAAUAUAAAAAGAUCGUAGGCUCAUUUUAAUGUUAAAUUCACAUCCAUAUAUUUGCAACCUUAUAUCAGAAUGUAGUCAAAUGUGAAGUUCUUCGUAAAAAUUUAAAUAGAAACUGUUUUAUUAUUAUGAAAAUAUUAAUAAAUUAUUUUUCUAGUGAUAAAAAUGGGGAUUUUGUAGAGUGCGAAACAGACUAAAGUGUGUCGAAGUAGCUAUAAUAAAGCAAAUAAAAACAAGUAUCCGUCGAAAAUAUAUUAAUUUCUACUCAUGUUUCAAUAUAUAUAUAUAUAUAUUCUAAAGAGAUUUUUUAUUUCGUUUUGAAUUGAACAGUAACGCGUAUAUAUUACAAGAUCAAAGUAGAGAAAACAUUACCAAAUCAAAUUUAUUACAUACACAAUUGCGUUUGAAUGUGAAAACAAGCUUACAAUAUGUUUGCAAGAAACAAUAAAGUUGCACUUGAUAAUUGUAAUUAUAGAAUACCAGUAAUGCACAUAAAAUAAUAUCCUCGAUUUACAUUCUGUCUAGCACCUAUGCCUAACUUUAAAGUGUACAGUAUAAGUGAAACGUCAAUAAACCAGUUUGAAUUGAAAAAA